UCUAGAUUUAACCAAUAGGGUACCUUGUGCAAAGAAUUUUUGGCAGUUUCUUAUUCAGUCAAUUCAGUGCGCGGCAGGCAAAAAGCUAUCAAAAAAUUGAAUAUCGCUUUAUUCAACAAAAUAAUAAAAUUGUAAGAACGUGAAAAGUCACAAUUCACACAUUUUUUCGAUCUCCAAUCGGUGAGAUAUUGUAAAAUUCACGUCUAACACUCAAAAAGAAAAAGAUUCCAGAAUGACUGAUCGCAAGGCAGUUAUUAAGAAUGCUGACAUGAGCGAAGACAUGCAACAAGAUGCCGUAGACUGUGCAACACAAGCGAUUGAAAAGUAUAACAUUGAGAAGGAUAUUGCGGCAUAUAUAAAGAAGGAGUUUGACAAGAAAUAUAAUCCUACUUGGCACUGUAUCGUUGGUAGAAAUUUUGGAUCUUACGUAACACACGAAACACGCCACUUUAUCUAUUUCUAUUUAGGUCAGGUGGCAAUACUGUUAUUCAAAAGUGGUUAAGCUCCCUAUGGCCCUUUUCUAUGUAUUCCACUACUAGAUGAUUUUAAUUUUUCCAAUACCUGAAAAUAUUUUAACGAUUUUGUUUUCACAUACUUUCAGACUGCAACAGAAAUGUCGGAAGUGUGUUUGAAAAAUUUGAAGUUUUAUAAUAAGGAUUUCUUAUACUAUUUGGAAUAAAAUUAUUUUGUUGAUUAUUUAGGAUUGAUUUUUUUGGGGGUUUCAAGUAUGACGCACAAUUAUAUUUUGUUCUGCCGUUUUGUGCAAUUAUUUUCUCUCUACAGUAGACAAAACUGAUGUGUGCUUCUGGCUAGAAUUAUUUUUGAAUUUGGAAAUGUUAUGAUGGAUAACACGAACACUUGGUUUGUAAAGAGGAAUACAGUAAACAAAAAGGGAUAUCUGUGAAAAGUUGGGAGUUAUUUUCCAAAUAGAAAUGUUGAGUAUUCUAAUAGUGAAAAAUUUCAAUUGAAUUUACAUCAAUGAUAUGUUGAAUAUCAGAUUUAUAGUUAGUAAUAUGGAAACCAAAUGGAUAUACCUUUUGUUCUUUUGAUUCGUUAACAAGGAGAUGGAAUGGAGAUCUCAACUGUAGGAAAAGUAAGGAAUAGACUAAAAAAAAUAUUUUUUUGUUUUGAAUUUAAAAAUGAUUCUAUCUGUAUGUAUAUAUUGCUAUGAAAAUAUAAAAUAAGUUGUUAUUUGAAAGUAUAUUAUUGAAAACUAUCUCUAAAAUAUGUACUUACCUGUUAUGAUAUUGGUUUUCUUUUGUAAACAUCUCUGGAACGAAUGGAAAUCGUUUCAUUUACUUCAACAAAGUUUCUUUGUAUAUUUUGAAAAGGUAGAGAAUUCAAAUCAGAAUAUACUAAUAUUCAUUACUUGACUUUUGACAGCAAUGCCUGAGGUAAGUCGUUUUGAUUUGAAUUUUCUCUGAGAUUACUUUUAUUUGAUAGUUCAUUUGAAAGUGUGAAGAGAUGUUUCGGUUCAUUCGAUUUCAUUGAGGAAGAAUUUCGUCCACUGGGUGUUUCAAAUCUGUGUUGCAAAUCAUAUUAAUUGAUCGAAAUUAGUUUUUUUAAAUAACAAUUUAUAGUAUGGCGGUUAAAAUUCAGUGUUCAUGUGAUAACAAAUUUCAGUGUGAAUAUGAAAACUGAACAUCUAAAAUUAUUUUUCCAGAUGGUCUUGAAAUCUCACUUUAAAAGAGCUAAUUUCUAUUUGUAUUGAAGUGAUAUCUAUGAACAGACUUCUAGUAAUAUAUUCUAAUGGGGCUUCACCAGAUCCAUGAAAUAUUUUUAGAUUUUGGUGGUGUCUAUUGAGUUGAUCCCUGGAAUCAACUGAAAACACAUUGGUAUUCCUCAAUUUGUAUGGCGGAUUGAUGAUCUUUUGAAAUCCGAUCUAGAGUUAUACUUCUAGAAAUUGUUUCAAGUACACGGUUUUGAGAAUAUGGGACUAUUGUAUUAGAUUAAUAGUCACAACAUUCCAUACUUUUUUGAAGUCUCGAAUAAUUAUUUUGUUAAUAACACGAGUCCAGAACCCAUGAAUUUUUUUUCGAUAAGGACCUAAGUUUUUUUUGUACUGUGCAAUUUGUUACCCAUAUUCUCAGCUCCUCAUACUAUUUAAGGAGAUAUGAACCUGGUCCUUUCAUACAAAACUGUUUCAAUUGUAUAUCUCAAUGUAACAAUAUAUGGUUAACAAUUA